AUGGCAGAAGGAACAACAUCGCCGGACGUUCAGUUCAUCACUUUAACGGCAAAAGGCGUUCAGCUGUGGUGUCAGCAGUCGCCGAGCAAGUCGGUGCAAAACAAGUGGAGUUUACUGGGCGCCGAUGCCAGCUCUCCCAUCACCGACUGCUUCCUUUCCGAUGAUGGCACCUGUCUGGCCGUCACCCUCAGGCAGUCGGUGCUCAUCUACCGCCAGGAGAGGCCAGACGAGGGCUUCAGCAAGCUGCACCUCGAGCUGCCCAUUGCUGAGGCCAAGUCGAUCAACUUCUCACCAAAGUCUACCUUUGUGGCGGUCGGCACCGCUUUGACGUCAAUGGAAAGUAAAAACCUUCGGUUGUACGAAGUUUCUACGGGGAAGCUGCUUUACGAGCUUAACGACACCAAAAGAGACCUGAUCAAGUGGACCAGCGAUGAGUCGCUCGCCUACAGAAUGGUCGGCUCUGAGCUGUACUUCUACGAGAACAACGACUUCAGCAAGCCAGCCAAGAAGAUUGCUCAAAAGAUCGCCUCCUACUCGCUGGCGUUCAACAAGCUUACCGGGCGAAUUCACGUGGCCAUCAUGGUGAAGGGCGUGAAGAGUACGCCCAGCUCCGUCAAAGUGUACUCCUAUCCUCAUGUGGACAAUGUAGUGGCGCAGCAGAGUCUCUUCAAGUCCGACUCGGUGGACGUCAAGUGGAACUCAAAGGGUGACGCCAUGGUUCUGCUGGCCACCCAGGACAUCGACACCACCGGCCAGAGCUACUACGGCCAGACCUUUGCGCACUUCCUCGACCUGAAGGGCAACGCCUGUUUGGUGGGCGGAAAGAAGGCCGGCUCGGUGCACAGCUGCGAGUGGCUGCCCAACAAUGAGGGCUUCAUUGCCAUCUACGGGAAGACGCCGGCGGCCAUCACCCUCUACAACCCCAAGGGCGAUGCGAUCUACCAGUUCGGCGAGGCGCCCGUCAACACCGUCCUCCUCAACCCCUUCGGCAACCUGGUCGCCUUUGGCGGCUUCGGAAACCUCGCCGGCGACGUCCACGUCUGGAACCUGAAGAGUCGCACGAAGAUCUCGCACUUCCAGGUCUCCGACACGACGCAGUUCGACUGGACGGCCGACGGCCUGCACAUGAUCACCAGCACGCACUACGCCCGCCUGAAGGUGGCCAACGGCUUCAAGGUGUGGGACUACCUCGGAAACCACCUCCACACUGAGGGCUGUCGCGAUGACCUCAACCUCCCGCUCUACCGAGUGCUGCCCGUCGCCUCCUCGGCCUUUCCCGCGCCCGAAGUGGCCGCCACUGUAAAGGGGAAGAUUAUGACGGAGAAGCCGGUGUACAAGUACGUGCCGCCCUCGCAGAGGACAGAAAAGCAGCGCCGAGAGGCGGCGAAGAAGCAGGCGGCGCUGAAGAGUCGGCUUCAGGGAGGGCCAGCAGCAGCUGCCGCUGGCGAUGUCUCCGGGAAGGAGAAGAAGGUGCAGGCGUUGGAGAAGAAGCUGCAGCAGAUUGAGAAGCUGAAGCAGUCGCAGGCGGAGGGCAAGCAGCUGGAGAAGAACCAGCUGGACAAGCUGGAGAAGGAACAGGAGGUCAUUGAGGAGCUGAAGGCGCUCAAGUUGCAGGGAUGA